GGCAAAGUAGAGAGGCAGUCAGUACAGUGGCACUUGUUCAUCCAUGUCCGACUCAGCAAUUGCUCCUCGGGCAGGCCGGGCGCGCACUGCUUGUGAUUUGUGCAGGUCUCGGAGGAUCCGCUGUGACCAAGUCAAACCUGCAUGUGAGACAUGCCAUUUUGCCGGUGUGCCUUGCGUCUUUACACCGCCACCGGAUGUGCCUCGCAAGACAGUUCGAGAACAACUAGCCGAGUGCAAAGUCCAAGUGCAGGAGUUGGAAGAAGCACUGCGAGUGGAGCGAGCCAAAAGCCAGACCAAGAAGAAUGCCCCCAGCCCAUUUGUUCUUCAAGGGGGAUUGGCGGAUUUGCACGGCUUCGACGCGGCUCUAACCGCUUUCCUGCGGACUCUCGACUUCUGUGGCUUCGGCCCUAAGUCGACCCCAUUUCUCUUCCCCACCGACCAGCAUCGCAUGCCCUCUCUCGUCGACCUGGAUCGCUUCGCUCAGGAUGUGGCCUCUUCAUUUAAGUCGGAGUUUCCCCACCAUGCCUCCAGGACAAUUCAUCCACAGCAACCCCCACCCGCGUUGAUCUGCACCGUCAUCGACUACUUCCUAACCAACAGCCUCUACUCGGUCUUUCCCGUGAUCGACCCGGUUACCUUGGUAUCACUCCGGAACUCGGAUCUCUUUUCAUCCUCACCAGAUCUAGCUCAUCUUCCUAAAAGUGUCCAAGCCUGUUUGGUGGCCUUGACAGCCCUGGUCACUCGCUUGCGGAAUGAUGAGCCCGCUUUCGGUGAAGUCGACUCUGAAGCCUUCCUGCAAUCCGUGCUCGCACAGUUGCCGGAGCUGGUCAUGUCAGGGGAUAAUGACCUCUGGACUCUACAAGCCCUGAUCCUGGUGGUACUGUACCUGGCCCCCCUCGGUGCACCUCAGUCCGCCGAAUUGAUUCUGGCCAUGGCAAUCCGGCUCCUCACCAAUCUCGGUGGCAAUUUCGCUCCUAUGCCCUCUGGUUCUCGCGUUGAUGACCAUCACGGCCGGCAUCUUCGGGCUCUCUUCUGGCUCUGCUAUUCUGUGGACAGGGAAAUGUCGAUCCGAAAUUCACAUUCACCCUUACUUCAUGAUACCGACUGUGACCUCGACCUGCCAGAGAAAUACGUCAUAGCUUCGUCCGAGAACCAGUUCCGCCUGGGCCCCUUGUCGAAGGACGAGUUACUCUAUCCGUCCGACCUUCGCAUGUGCGUCAUCAAGUCCAAAAUCUACCGUCUGCUGUAUUCGGACUACGGCCUGGCGCAGCCCGCUUCCAUUCGCGUGCAGUAUGUCCGCGAAUUGGACGAGGAGCUCAGUAAUUUGAGAGCGCAAUUUCCCGCCGACUGCCGCCCGGAGAACCUGUCCCCGGGGGGUAUCCCGGACUCUUUGGUUCUCGACCUCAGUCUGCGGGGAAUCAACAUGCAUCUGGAAUACUACUAUUGUCUCGCCAAGAUCCAUGGCGCGUGUCGCAUCGCUGGCGGAGGAUUCCCCUCGCUGGACGACCUGCCGCCCCUGUCUUCAAGUCGGGAGCUGUGUUAUCAGGCUGCGCGGUCGAUCUUGCUCUACAUUCAUCGGUUACGCCAUCUCGUUAUCCCCCAAACCUUCUGGAUCUAUGCGCAGUUCAUCCUCUCUGCUGUUGUCUCUCUGGGUUGGAAGCUCGUCGCCGAACCCAACCACCCGUCCGCCGCCAGCGACCUCCAUCUCAUCCAGCACACGAGGGGCCUGUUCACUAAGCUGAAGGAAACGACAGAUCCCAGCAAGUUUCCGCCUUUUUACAUCAUGGACAACUUCAUCCAACGGUUAAUCGCCGCUGUAGCUCAUUGAGGCUCGCCACCGACACCACAGGCAUUCAAACAUCCACGAACGAUGCCCCAUACCACCUUGGCUGCAUCCUGGAUGCGUAUACAUCCCGCCUUCAUGGCUCCGCAGACCCAAGCCCCAGCCGAGAGCUAAGCAUGCAUACUUGAAGUAUGGAUAUCACAGCGUGAAGACGAUCCGAGUCAGUAUUUUGAUUGUGCUACAUCUACUACGCCAAGCAAUGCACCUUUGGUCCGACCACCUAUGAGCCGAGCACUAUCUUAUCGGCUUAGGGCUCUGCUCCGCGUUGCUCCGACAAACGCUGCUAGCUGCGCGUAUGGAAGAUGAUCCAUCCGGCCCAACUUUGACUUCACUGUGCGAAUGAGGGGCCAAAAGACCCUGUUCACGCCCAUUCGUUCGACUUGAGGCGAGUCUUAUCCGCAUAAAAUUCUCGUUCGCUUUGAAAUGAGGUCCAUGCGCAUCUGGGAAUAAGAGUGUGACUAAUUUGGCC